GUUUCUCUCUGGUACGUUUUGUCAUCUUCGGAGAUGGCGUCUGGUAGUGCUCUUUCCUUUUCCAGAAGUCCAUCAAUUACCUCCGAGAAGCUAAAUGGAAAAAAUUAUCUAUCAUGGUCUGCUGCCGUUGAAAUGUGGUUCUUUGGCCAAGGGCUUUAUGACCACCUUGAGCAAGAUGGAAGUCAUGUGCCUACUGAAAAAGCUGAUAAGUGGAAACAAGUAGAUUUCCAGUUGUGUGCCCUAUUAUGGCAAUCAGUGGAACCCAACCUUCUUAUAUCUCUGAGGGCUUUCAAAACUUGUCACUCCUUUUGGAAGAAAGCUCAAAGUAUUUGUGCCAACGAUAUUCAACGUCUCCAUGACACUGCGAACAAGCUUGCAUCUCUUAAAAUGACAAACCAUGAUAUGGUGUCCUUUAUGGCUGAAGCCCAAUCUGUCGUCGAAGAACUGAAGAUGUUCUUGGAAGCGGACCCAUUAAAGGAUAUCCAAAAGAAACUGGACAAAUAUUACAUGGUAUUGAUCCUUUGUGCCCUACAUCCCGAUUUUGAUCAUGUCAGAGAUAAACUUCUAACUAGUCAUGAGGUCCCCUCCAUGGAAACAUUGACUACUCGCCUUCUACGUGUCCCAGUACCUCAAACUCAGGAAGCGCAUGAACUAGUGGAACCAUCUGUCAUGGUUGCCACACGAGGAAGAGGAGGACGUGGCACUAGAGGAGGACGUGGCACUAGAAGAGGAGGACGAGGAGGUCGGGGACGUCCUCAAUGCACAUACUGUGAAAAGAUGGGUCACACUCAAGAGAAUUGCUAUUCUUUACAUCUUUUUUGAAUGAAAUCAAGAAUCAAUUUGGUCAAGUAAUCAAAAUAUUAAGAAGUGAUAAUGCAAAAGAGUAUUUCUCAUCCCCCUUUUCUGCCAUCUUGAGUUUCCAUGGUAUCUUACAUCAGUCUACUUGUCCUCAUACACCACAACAAAAUGGUAUAGCAGAACGAAAAAAUAGACACUUGGUUGAAACUGCUCGUACCCUUUUGCUCGAUGCCCAUAUUCCUGUCUAUCACCGAGGAGAUGCCAUCUUAACUGCAUGUUAUCUUAUUAAUAAGAUGCCCUCCUCCUCUCUUGAUAAUAAAGUCUAGACAAACUCUCCGCUCGCUCUCUCAAAUGUGUCUUCUUAUGCUAUUCCCGACUUCAAAAAGGAUAUCGGUGUUACUCUCCUGAAACUAAGAAGUAUUACUUGUCUGCUAAUGUCACUUUCUUUGAACAGACUCCUUACUUCUCUCCAUCUGUUCAAGAUGUUUCUAUCCUCCAAGUCCUUCCUAUUCCGAUGGCUGAGUCAAAUAGUUCCAUUGUCUCUGUCAUUCCAAGUGUUGAUCACCAUCCUCCUGCACCCGGUUCUCCACAAACUGAGAUCAUCCCACACAGGGCCCCAAUGGAUAGUCCACCUCCCCAAGACAAUGGUGAAUCUCCUGCUUCAGAUUCUUCUCUCUCGUCACCUCCUCCCACGCUUCCUGGUGCAAAUGAUUUAGCAUGGCCAAUUUCCCUCAGAAAAGGUACUCGUUCCACUCGAAACCCCCAUCAUUUAUAACUUUCUUAGCUAU